GGUGCAUAAGUUUAAUCCUUGACAAACAGUGGAAUUUAAAUGGGGAUUGUGGGAAAAUGGCUGAUGGCUACUAUUCCACUCUGACUUAUUCUGUGUGCUCUAGAUGGUUAAGAUUGAGGCCUUGCUAAUUAAUGAGACUGUACAGUGCUUUGGGAGCCACAGCUUGCAACGUUAGAGCAACAGGAAGCACUUAAACUCCCACCAUUUUCCUCCUGGUUGAGGACCCUGGUAUGCACGUUGGGGAGGAACUGAUCGAUCGGUGCUUCUGCAGAAGCUGCCUCCCCGCACUGCACGGGAAUAAUGAAAAGAUUCAGACGACACGGGCACGAGGCGAACAGAGAGAAGAUCAAGCAGGAUCUGUUCCAGUUUAACAAGACUGUAGAACAUGGGUUUCCGCACCAGCCUAGUGCUCUGGCUUACAGUCCAACUCUCCACCUCAUGGCCAUCGGAAGCCGAUCUGGGGCCUUCAAACUUUAUGGGGCGCCAGAAGUGGAGAUCAUGGGAUUACAUGAAGAGAAUGCAGCGGUUACCCAGAUACACUUUCUGCCAGAACAGGGUCACCUGGUGACACUCUUAGAUGACAACAGUCUGCAUUUAUGGACUCUGAAGAAAACCCAAGAUGGAUUGACUGUGCUGAAGGAGGAGUCGCGCUUUCUCCUACGAGGGCAGCCAGGUGCUCCACCCAGCGUCACUACAGUCACUGUUGUCCUGCCACACUCGUCGGGCGAGGUGCUAUAUCUGGGGACAGAAGGCGGCUGCGUAUGUGUGGUGGAGCAGCCAACUUUCAAAGAGCAGCACGAGAAAACCAUCAGCCAGGAAGAAGUCUUACACAAAGUGCCUGAAGAGUAUAAGAAUCGACGUGCAUUGGGGCCUGUGGAAGUCCUGCUGGAGAACCCAAGGAACCCUGAUCAGCUUCUCGUCGGAUACAGCAGAGGCCUUGUCGUCCUGUGGGACUUGCAAAACAACCGAGCCACCCACCACUUCCUGGGAGAUCAGCAGCUGGAUAGUGUGACCUGGCAGAGGGAUGGCCGGCAAAUCGUCAGUUCUCACAGUGAUGGCAGUUACUGUCAGUGGCCAGUAUCAAGUAAUGACAAACAGCCAGAGCCUUUGGAGAACAAAGUGCCUUAUGGUCCCUUCCCCUGCAAAGCCAUUCCAAAGAUUCUUUGGCUGUCCACCAAAAAAGGGUCCCCGUUUAUUAUCUUCAAAGGAGGAAUGCCCCGUGCCAGCUAUGGUGACCGGCACAGUAUUUCAGUCAUACAUGGCGCCAAACAGACAGCAUUUGACUUCACCUCUCGAGUGAUUGAUUUCUUUGUUGUUAAUGAGGAUGGACCUGAUUCAGAGUGUGAUGAGCCAAGCGCUCUGGCAGUUCUAGCGGAGGAAGAGCUGGUGGUCAUUGAUCUGAAGACUCCCUCAUGGCCAGUGAUUCAGCCGCCAUACUUGAUCCCUCUCCAUUGUUCAGCCAUUACCUGCUCCCAUCACGUCUCCAACAUCCCCAUCAAACUGUGGGAGAAAAUCGUCGCUGCAGGGAGCAAGCAAAACACUCACUACUCGAACAAGCCGUGGCCAAUCAAUGGUGGUAAAAGCAUUGCCUCUGAGCCCCCUCAGAGAGACCUGCUGCUCACUGGGCACGAAGACGGAACGGUGCGUUUCUGGGAUGCAUCGGGAGUCUGCCUGAAGCCGCUCUACAAACUGAGCACCGUGAGCGUGUUCCACACAGACGCCGAUCACAACGACAACCUCAAUCAGUCUGGGGAGGACGAGUGGCCCCCCUUGCGGAAGGUCGGUUCCUUUGAUCCGUACAGUGAUGAUCCCAGACUGGGAAUCCAGAAGAUUCAUCUAUGCAAGUACAGUGGUUACUUGACAGUGGCCGGGACAGCGGGGCAAGUUUUGGUGAUGGAGCUGAACGACGAGCCAGUUGACCAGGAAGUGGCCUGUACAGUGGUGGACAUCUUACAAGAUCAGGACACCUUCAAGUGGAAAGGUCACGAGAGGCUGAACCCACACGAUGACCCCGUUCACUUCCCCCCCGGUUUCCAGCCUUUCGUGCUGGUUCAGUGCCUACCUCCAGCCGUGGUUACCUCACUCGCUCUGCACUCCGAAUGGAAACUGGUGACGUUUGGGACGAGUCAUGGUUUUGGGCUCUUCGACUACCAGCAAAAGCGCACAGUCAUGAUCAGGUGUACACUGCACCCCAGUGAUCAGCUGGCUCUGGAGGGACCCCUCUCCCGGGUAAAAUCCAUUAAGAAAUCGCUGAGGCAGUCUUUCCGUCGUAUCCGGGGAAGCCGAAUGUCUGGGAGAAAGCGACCAGGGAUACCUGGAAGCAAUGCUGCAAAGGUGCAGGAGGCCAAUGCAAGGCUGGGGCAGGAGGCACUGAAUGAGAUGGAGCUGGCCCCAGUGCAGCGCAGGAUUGAGGCACGUUCCGCUGAUGACUCCUUCACAGGAUUUGUCCGGACACUUUAUUUUGCUGAUUCCUUUAUAAGAGACGCUUCCUCUCACUCUCACGGCCCAUCAUUGUGGGCUGGCACAAAUGGUGGAACAAUAUUUGCGUAUAGCAUACACAUUCCCCCAGUGGAGAGGAGGAUGGAGGAGCCAGUAACUGCAGUCCAGGCAAAGGAAAUCCAGCUGAUGCACAGAGCUCCUGUCAUCGGCAUAUUUAUCCUGGACGGCCGAGGAGUUCCUCUCCCGGAACCUCUGGAAGCUUCACACGAUCUCUCCAGGAGCCCAGACAUGCACAGCAGCCACGUGCUGCUUGUUGUGUCCGAGGAGCAGUUUAAGAUAUUCACGUUGCCGAAGGUCAGCACCAAACUGAAGUUGAAGCUGACGGCGGUGGAAGGUUCCCGUGUGAGGAGAGUGUCCGUGGCCAAUUUCAACAGCAGCAAGACUGACGAGUACAGUGAGAACGGCCUCUUGGUUCUCACAAACCUCGGUGAUGUCCAGGUGGUCUCUCUGCCCGCCCUCAAAUCUCAGGUCCGCUACGAGUGUAUCCGGAAAGAGGACGUCAGCGGGAUUGCGUCCUGCGUGUUCACAAAGUCCGGACAAGGUUUUUACCUCAUCUCCCCCUCUGAGUUUGAGAGGUUUUCAGUCUCUUCAAAGUGGGUGGUGGAGCCCAGGUCCAUUAUUGAGACAGAGGGAACAGGGAUCAGGCCUUUUCACCGGAAAAAAAGCCAGGAUGGAGGCUCAACACAUUCCAACUCCAGGGAGGCUCCACAGGCACGACAGCGCUGUGGAUCCAACAGGAAAGAUAGCGAUGGAAGUGAGGGGGACGCAGGAAAGAAAGUCGGGAUGAUCAUGGAACACGCUCUGCUCAACGACGAAAGGAUUCUACACGAGGUUCAGAGCACGCUGGAGUCGGAGUCUGCAGCACCUGACAGAUUGAGCUUCGGCUAUUUGGACAGGAAUUCAAAGAAAAUGUCUGGAGCAGGCCAGCACCACGAACAAAGGCUGAUUAAUGGAGAUUGACGGUGACGGUUUUAGCGACGCUGACGGCAGCUCGUGUCACGCGCUCUGCCACAACACUACGAGUGGGGCUUCUGUCGGUGGGGAGGGAGCCGUGGAGAGAAGGCUCAGUGCCUGACUGACGAACGGACAGCUCGGAGAGACGCCAGCUCAUUUUAGUGCCUAACUCACUAUGCCCUGCUUCACCUUUCGAUGGAAUACUUCACUGGAUCCUUUCCUCGGUUUUUCUAUCUCUCUUUGCACAGUCACUAAACGUGAUGGAUUUUAAUUCAAAAUAACUGCCUGGGUGCAAAUAGUUUUAAAAUAGGGAAAACUUUAUACUGCUGUAGAACUUUUUAAAAAUGGUUUUAGACCUUUUCUUAUGGGUGUUUCCAAACUUUUGAAUGAAAGUGAAAUGUAGAAAUACUUUUUUUUUUAAAAAAAUUACAGAACAUUUAGUCAAAUUUAAUAUAUAUGUAUAAUUUAGUUCCUGGUGGCUGCUGUAAUUGUUUUACUGGUGAGGAAAUAUUUUGAUACAAAUGAGAUGGUUUUAGUGAGUUUAAAAAGGUGCUCCUCCCGGGAGCCUAUUUUUGUAGCCAAUCACGUCAGUAGGAAUCCUAAUGAAAAUCCACAACAAACACUACUCUACUGACCAAUAAAUUAAACCAUUUUCACAUUG